UUCGUUCCAGUCUCCUCAUUCUUUCGUACUGGAGUCUUGAGUCAUCUUUUCUUAGCUGCUGAGCUGCAUCACUCCAAAAAAAUAAACUCAGAAGUCAGAUACUGUAGUCUGUACAAGUAAUAGUUCACACACAACUACUGGUACUUGGAGGGCUUCUUCAUGCAGCCUGUCUGGGUCAUUCACCAGAGUUGAAUUUGGCCUGACCCACCACUGCUGGCACUAGUGCCACCGAUUCGUCGCCUACGCCUCUCACUCUCAGUCAGCCAGAUAGUAGAUCUACUCCUGGAUACUCUUGCAGUCUUAGAGUCUUGGCUACCAUGGAGCAGCAGUCGGGCAGUCCCAGUGAGUUUAGUGAGCCCCUUCCGCAGUAUCGUGCUGCAGUGGCUGGAACACACGAGUCGAUCGACAGUGGCGACGGACUGGUAGCGGUUGGUUUUGGUGCUGGUGGUGGCGAGAUAAUGCCUCUAAGCACCUCCUCGCAAUGGCUAGAGAGCCAGGCCAGGCAGAGUAGUACCAUGACCGAGUCUAUACGCAACGCCCAGCCCAUUGCGGAGCUGAAGUCGGGAACGCUUCGGACACUGGCCGACUCGUUGCUCAAACAUUUCAGUGAGCAAAAUCCGCCCAAGGAGGACCGCACCGUUGCUAAAUGCUACCUGCUAGCUCAUCCGUGGUUCUUCAAGACGCACAUGCUCAUAGAACAGGUGACUAGACCGGUAUGGGAGUCCUCCAUGACACGCUCAAUAUCGCCGAGCAGCGGUACCGGGGGCGACUCCGUGGAUUCGGCCAUCGGUCGGCCGCGACUAAACUCAGACAGUGGUGCCAGUAUCACUAUAAGUAUUGAUAGUCCUGAUGCAGUGGAUGCUGACAAACGUCUAGAGAAUGGACUAGUACUCGCUGGUGGUGGUGGUGGUGGUGGAGGAGACAGGAAGGAUGAGAGUGAUGCAUCGUCUGCGGCUGAUCCCUCACGCGCAUGUCAUGGCGGCGAGCUGUCCUCCGAGGAGGCCUCCAUUCGCCUUAUGUGUUACUGGAGGAGCAUAGCCCCGCAUCACUUUGAUGACACGGAGGAGGACGUCACGGAGAUUCUCGACCGUCUAUGCCAGUGCUCCCCCGUGUUCAGUAGACGAUUCAACUCGAAGGAUGACUUCAGCCAUCCUGAAUGCUCAGAAGGUAGUGUUACAGCGAAGGUUAGUGAUGACGCCCAGGAAGAGGUCGAGGAUCAAGAACAAGAGCAAUUGUAUCACAGAAGACGUGGUGAUAGCGGAAGUGGUCGCAACUCCAUCGCACUCAAUCAGAUGAAUGAGAUGCAGAUAGCAGAGCAUAUUGCCACCCUCGACUUUCAGUUCUUCUCCGAAGUGCCAGAUAGCGAAGCAUUGCUGUACGCUAAGAAAGCACGCAGCUCAGCAACUACAACGCCCACGCUGCAGAAGGCAAUCAGCUUCUUCAAUGGCUGCACACAGUACAUCACCAGUAUGGUACUGCAGGGACACAACUCAGUCACCAGGGCUAAGGCAUUCAGUCGAUUUGUACACGUUGCCAAGGCACUACGCACACUUCGUUGCUACAACUCUGUAAUGGCGGCGGUGGGAGCACUCAAAUAUGGAUCAUCCAUCACACGACUGUCACAAACAAUGGCACUGAUACCUCAUUCAGAUCUCAAGGAUCUAGAUGAACUGGCGGAUUUACUGCGUGCAACUGGUAACUAUGUCGCUCUCCGGAAAGAAGUCAAUGCCAAGCCGGACAGGUUUACACUACCUGUAAUAGGCAUUGUGCUGAAGGAUCUUGUCGCCGUCGACUCUGCCAUGCCAAACAAAGUGGGCGAAGAACCGGACCGCUCGUUUAACUUUGCCAAGCUUCAGCACUUUGGUCUGUUACUGGACAGUCUACACCGCUGGCAGUCUAUUCCACCCAACAUUGAAGUUGAUGAGGAACUGCUCAAGGUGUUGCAGUUGUCCUUCCAGCCUCAUUAUACCGAGAAAGACCUGUAUGAGUUGUCGCUGGACCGGGAGCCCAAGACAAGCAAAGAAGCUAAGGAGCCACAGAAUGUGAUUCCAUUUCAAGUGUGGACGCAGAGUAGCAGCGUACAAGUGGACAGAUCCACCAUGGAUGCAUACAUUGAGGCUAUGGUGGAUUCUGUAUUCAAACGUUAUGACAUCGACAAGAGUGGGUCCAUAUCGAUGGAGGAGUUUGAGUCGAUUCGCUCAAACUUUGUCUUCCUGGAGAAUUUCCAAACCCUGGAUGCUAACCAGGACGGUGUGCUGAGUCGGGAGGAAAUGCUGGCGUACUUCAAGAAGGUUAACUUCAUGCGUGCGCUGCGCGAGAGCUUUGUUCAUGACUUUGUGGAGACGACGUUCUUCUCACCUGCUUACUGUGCUCAUUGCAAAGGUCUGCUCUGGGGUCUGGUGAAACAAGGUCUGAGAUGCAAGAGUUGUUGCAUCAACUGCCACCGACACUGUCAAGAUCGUAUAGUGAUCGACUGUCAUCGCUUUGACACGGGCACACUCACCAAGAAACCGCAGGGUGCAGGUAGUGGUGGUGCUAGCGGCAAUGGGGCGGUUGCUACUGGCAACAACCAUACAGGCACCAAGCGCCAUCCUCAGCUGACGACGCGACGCAGUACCAUCCAGUUAGUAAGUGAUCUCCAGCAGGGCUUGACAUCCGGCAAGAUCACGCAGGAUGAAGUCACAACGAGAGUGCAUGACCUAAUGAUGGAGAAUGAGCAUCUUCAAAAGAAAGUUCAUGAGCUGCAGCGACGUCUUGACCAGCGAGAGAGUCAGAUGAGCUUGGUGCGUCAACGCACUAUAGCGUUUGUACUGGAACAUCUCGACAAUCUCAAUGCAAGUCGAGAAUCCAGUCUGUGAGUGAACAGGGUAGUGUUGGUGGUACCCGAUGUUGCUACGCAUAUGCUUGUGAGUGUCUCGGUACCUAUGCUGCUUCUUCUGGCAGCAAUAGUUUGUCCGACAUACAGGCGUGUGUGUUUGUGUGUGUGUGUGUGUGUGUGUGUGUGUGUGUGUGUGUGUGUGUGUGUGUGUGUGUGUGUGUGUGUGUGUGUACAUGUGUCAGGACAGGCAGUGUGUGUGUACAUGCAUGUCAUGCGAGAAUGAAGCUGGGUGGUGUAUGGUGUUGAAUGGCUUGUACACAUCGGAUACACCUUGUGUGCAAGUGCUAUUUGCGAGUGCCGUGUGCGAGUGCCGUGUGCGGGUGUGGUGUGCGAGUGCUGUGUGGGGAGUGUGGUGUACGAGUGCUAUUUGCGAGUGUCUUAUUACGAGGGCGUGUGCGAGUGCUGUGUGCAGACAAGAUAACUGCUUGAGUAAUGGGUGUCGUUUGUAUGCUUUCCUUUAGCAUGUCUACCCCUUUAGCAUGCCUGCCCCUUUAUCAUGUCUGCCCCUUUAUGUACAUACUGAUAUAGGACAGUAUGCUGUCUUUCUCUCCAUCAGAAGUUUCAUAACCCUUUAUUUUUGCACUAUGUUCACAUUGAUUUACUCCCAGCCUUCUGUGUGCUGUGCGUGUACGACUCUGCACACACGGCGUAUGCACUGCAGACAGAUAUUUCCCUUUGCUUCGGCAGCAAACUUGAGAGAACUGCAAUGUCUGGCCAGAAUGUAUUUUAGGGCUAUGCAGCUUCUGGCACACGUAUGCCAGCAGACUAUCAUUCGCUUCAGAUCAUUCCAAACACUGCUGUGUCUAAGCAGUGUGUCAUUGCAUGAUCUACGCAUUUGUUUAUUCUUUAGCCCUGUUUUCUGUACGGACUUUCUCUCCGCCAUUUCCUUCUAUUUUCCAUGGCUGUACCCGCUAUGAUUAUCCCUCCGUAAACAUAAUAAUUAUCGGUACUGAAUUUCCUUCUCUUCUCCCUACUACCAUGUUCUCAGUGAGAGCUUGAGGUAAAAAUGGAUUGUAUUUCAGACUGCAUUGCAGACUGCAUUGCA